UUUACUAAGGCGAGAUUCAAAUACAGAUAGACUUGGAGUAAGAAACUCAAAGCUUCUGAGUCUUAUUUUGAAAAGCAGAAAGUCUUGGCUGUUGCUGAAGGAAAGUGAGCUGACAGCUUUGACUUUCUUUAUUGCACCACAAGCAGUGUCCCAACCCUAAACAUGUUCACCCAAGACCAGUGUGAUAGGUGUGUGGUUCUUCCCAAAAACUGUACCACUGAAAUAUUUCCAACUCUUUUACAUCUGUUAGGAAUUCAUUGGGACCCAGCUGAAUUAAUGGAGGAAUGAUGAGCUGAUGGUGAUGAAUGAUAAUGAUAAUAAUGUAGCUUUUUAUAUACUCCUGCUUUUCAUCAGGACAUGUGGAACGACUUUACCAAGAAGAUUUCUCAGGGGACAUAUUUUCACUUAUUCACACCUUCUACUGUGGCAAAAAUGGACUCUUUUCCACACCGAAAACCAGCAGCAUAAUGCCCAUCUGAUAUAUGCCUCAAGGAAAUCGUAUUUAAAAUCUGCUGAAAAUGGAUGCCUUGUAGACCACCAACCAAUCCUGCUACCGCUGCGUGUGUGGCAGCACUUCUACAUGAUCACAUGACUCUUGAUAUGGACGCGGUCCUGUCAGACUUUGUUCGGUCCACAGGGGCAGAACCAGGUCUGGCAAGAGACCUGCUGGAAGGCAAAAACUGGGAUUUGACUGCUGCUCUGAGUGACUAUGAGCAGCUCCGACAGGUGCACACAGCCAAUCUGCCCCAGGUGUUUAAUGAAGGGAAGUACUAUAAGCAGCAGGAAAGAGACUCACCCCAACAGGUGAACAAGACUGAACGACCAAGUCUGCAGAGACAGGAUGAAAUUGCUCAAGAAAAACGACUCUCCAGAGGUAUUUCUCAUGCCAGCUCAGCUAUAGUCUCUCUUGCUCGAUCACAUGUAGCAAAUGAAUGCAACAAUGAACAGUUUCCUUUGGAGAUGCCUAUAUACACAUUCCAGCUACCAGAUCUCAGCGUAUAUAGUGAAGAUUUCAGAAGCUUCAUAGAACGGGACUUAAUCGAGCAGGCAACAAUGGUCGCUUUGGAACAAGCAGGUCGACUGAACUGGUGGUCCACAGUGUGUACAAGUUGCAAACGUCUUCUUCCAUUGGCUACAACCGGGGAUGGAAACUGCCUGUUACAUGCUGCCUCAUUAGGGAUGUGGGGAUUUCAUGACAGGGACCUUGUGUUACGUAAAGCACUCUACACCAUGAUGAGAAGCGGAGCUGAAAGGGAAGCAUUGAAGAGAAGAUGGAGAUGGCAACAGACACAACAGAAUAAAGAGUCGGGUUUAGUUUAUACAGAAGAGGAGUGGGAACGGGAAUGGAAUGAACUGCUUAAGCUGGCUUCGAGUGAACCUCGCACUCAUUUUGGCAAAAAUGGAGGCUCUGGUGGUGGAGUUGACAAUUCAGAAGAUCCAGUGUAUGAAAGUUUAGAAGAGUUCCACGUUUUUGUCUUAGCACAUAUAUUGAGAAGACCAAUUGUUGUUGUAGCAGACACAAUGCUAAGAGACUCAGGGGGAGAAGCAUUUGCACCUAUCCCAUUUGGAGGAAUUUACUUGCCACUGGAAGUUCCACCUAACAGAUGCCACUGCUCACCUCUUGUCCUGGCCUAUGAUCAAGCCCAUUUCUCUGCUCUUGUGUCCAUGGAACAAAAAGAUCAACAGAGAGAACAAGCGGUGAUCCCUCUGACUGACUCUGAACACAAGUUACUGCCUUUGCACUUUGCAGUUGAUCCUGGGAAAGACUGGGAGUGGGGGAAAGAUGACAAUGAUAACACCAGACUUGCCAACUUGAUUCUGUCUCUGGAGGCAAAGCUUAAUCUCCUGCACAGCUACAUGAAUGUAACCUGGAUACGCAUACCAUCCGAAACACGGGCCCCUUUGGCCCAGCCAGAAUCACCCACCGCUUCUGCAGGGGAGGAUGUUCAGUCUCUGGCUGACUCAAUGGACUCAGACCGAGAUUCCGUCUGCAGUAAUUCAAAUGGCAGCAAUGGCAAAAAUUGUAAAGAAAAGGAAAAAGACAAACAGAGAAAAGAUAAAGACAAAAACAGGACGGAUUCAGUUGCCAAUAAACUCGGAAGCCUCAGUAAAACUCUAGGAAUUAAGCUGAAAAAGAAUAUGGGGGGGCUGGGCGGGCUGGUGCAUGGCAAGAUGAACAGAGCAAAUUCAGGGAAUGGGAAAAAUGGGGACAUCAUGGAAAAAGGCAAAGAGAAGAAGUCGAAGUCUCGCAAAGGGAGCAAAGAGGAGUCUGGACAGUCCGCGAGCACGUCUCCAUCUGAGAAGACAACUCCCUCUCCUACUGACAAGGCGAGCGUCUCACCCGCUGAAAAGAUGAACACGAAAUCCCUCUCUGACAAACAGUCUGAUGCAUGGAAAUACAGCACCGACGUGAAGCUGAGCCUCAAUAUUUUGAGAGCUGCCAUGCAAGGAGAGCGCAAGUUUAUUUUUGCUGGCCUUCUUCUGACUAGCCACAGGCAUCAGUUCCAUGAGGAGAUGAUCGGCUAUUACCUGACCAGUGCCCAAGAGCGCUUCAAUGCUGAGCAGGAACAGAAGCGAAAGGAGGCUGAGAAAAAAGCUGUUCUCAAUGGGUCAUCCUGCAGGAAACUGGAGCAAGAAUCAUAUUCAAAAGAAAAGUUAGAAUCGUCUCCUCAGGACAGGGCAUCACCAGUCUUGCCUCAAAGCCAUACAACUCAACUGGUUUUAAAGUUUAAAGAUCGCACUAGUCCCACUCCAGGGUCAUUUUCUUCACCUAGUAAUGGUGCUAAGAAAAGUGGACCCGUUCCAGUAUCUGCCCACUAUAGCCAUACACCACCUGUUCAAAGGCAAAGCGUUAUUCAUUUGCAUGAUGUCAACUCCAAGCCAUCGAGCUUCCAAGACGAUAGCUAUAAGCCAGUAGUUGGCACCUUAAAAACAUGUGCCACUUAUCCUCAACAGAAUCGAUCACUGUCUUCACAGAGCUAUAGCCCAGCCCGGAUAGCAGGGAUCCGUACAGUGAACACAGUGGAAUCACUGACCUAUGCCUUGCCUACCGAACACAAGUCCCAGACAUUUACAAAUGGGUUUAAUACCGGAGAUAUCAGAGACUGCUUAGAAUAUGCUGAUGAGGAAGCUCCUCAGACCUGGUUGAACAAUGAUAAAAAUCGAGGCAGAAGCACAGUUUGCCCAAUAUAUUCCAUCCAGCAGAACCGUUGCAAGAAGGAGAACUGCUCCUUUUAUGGUCGCCCUGAGACUGAAAAUUACUGCUCAUACUGCUACAAAGAGGAGUUAAAGCGCAGGGAGAGAGAAAAUAAGGGACACCGGCAUUGAGGAUUGGGAGGCUCCUUCCCUAACUACUUAGUUUAACCAUUUUCUUACUUACAAAGUAAAUAGCGAUGGAUUAUAGAAAAAGGAAUCCUAAAAAGGGAAUGAUAGGUAAAUAAUGUCUAGUUUGUCACUUUUCUGGGGCAAUGCAGAAAUAAGAGGAUUAAUUUAUCAUAAAGAAUUUAUUAUUUUCCAUUUUGUCAGUGUCUUUUUUACAUACUCUGGUAAGCUGAAAGGUUGUUUACUUCUUUGUCAGUGCUGUGUAUAUGUUUGGUCAAAAAUGUACUAAUGGUGCCUGAAUUUACACUGACAUCACUCAGGUAGUAGAAUGACAGGGAAAAAAGUCAUAAUACUGGAGAUGUGGUAUUGUAAUAGAAUAGUAUAUGCCUCGUAUACAUUUGAAAUUCUAUAGCCAUCAUAGGAGUGAUUUUUUUCUCAAUAGAAAGUAAAUAUUUUCAUAUCCCUUUUUUAGAAGAGUCAUAAUUUUGCAUACUGCACAUUUUUAACAUUGUUACACUACAUAUCAUGGACUACUUUUUAUUACAUUACUGUAAACAUUUGUAUUCAUUUUAGUGUGAAAUGCAACGUCUCCAGGAAGAUGUGAAUGAAGGUCUGGAUUCAUGAGGACUCUUAUCUCUUCCUAACCAUAGGUGCUUUUGGAUAUUUUUCCCCAGAUCAGUAAAAAUAUGUCCUAUUCCAUUAGUUAAUUUGCUGUGAAAUCCUAGACAGACAUUACUAUAAACAUAGUGGACCUAUUAUAUGCAAAAUUUCAUAUCACACAACAAUCCCAGCAAAUAAUUUUAAUCGCAUUAACUUCAUCAGCAUUUCUAUGGCUGUGAAGGUGAGGAGAAAUUUAUAAAAACUACCUAAAAGAUGGCCUGGGUUUCUAUAACUUGCUCACCAACCAGAAUUUUUAUAGCCAAUGACCUAUUCAGCACAAAUAAUUAGUAAAAUAUAUUCAAUUUCUAUGUCUACAAUCUGACUUCUUUUAUUUAUGAAUUUGUUCUUUGUCCAAAAUUAUGGAUGAAUGGUUAUUACAAAAAUACUUCCUCAGGCCCAUAGUCAGAGGUGGUGUGAAGGGUGUGAAAGCAUCCUCAUGGUCCCCCAUAUUCUGGGGCAUGCUGCAGCCAGGCAGUGGAAGGCAGGAGCAGCGCGCUGCCCAAGCCUUCCUCCCGCAUAUUCUGGCUGUCCGGGGGAAAGCAGGGGCUGAUUUCCCCGCUUACUUGGGAGAUCAUGGUGGGUACAUUCACACCCUUUGCCAUCCACAUUUACAAAAAAAAGCACCCUGCGUACGGGCCUGUUCCUUCUAAGCACUUUUCCAGUCUAUUUGUUGCAAAUAUUGUUUUGAGUCUUGUGGACUGAACGACAGCCACAUCCACAAAGAGCUUUGAGGAUAUCUGUGCAAACACUUCCAGCAUGAAUACUCCUGCAAAUGCAGAUUUAUACAAGUCUUCGUAGCCAAAUAUUUUCAGAGGUAUUUGUGAUAUUUCUUUCCUCUCUGGGAAUAAAGUUUUACUCUACUGGCUAUGUGUGAAAAGCAGCUCGAAGGGUUUGCAAAUACCAUCCAAGUACAUUUGUGGUUCUUAAUACAAGACGUUUUUUCUGAACACUAUUUGCAGUUUUCAUGCUGCCAAUCAAUAUAAGUUUGGCAAUAAAAUAAACUCAGAUUUUUUUCAGUAUUGAUACAGUUGUAAACAUUGCCUGAUUUUCCUAUCUGUAGCUUCAGAGGGGUAGCUGAGUUAGUUUGUAACCGGAAAAACUUAAAAAACAACUAAUAGUAUUGCA